CAGUUAGUCAGAAACUGGGCUAAUCGAUGCAGUAUGCGUUCCUUAUCAAAAUGUGUGUCGGUUGUUUUGUUCGUUAUUUGUUUACAUAGUUGCUGCGGCCAAGAUUUCGGUUACAAACAGCGUGAGCACAAGCACAAAAAGAAAAACAUCGAUCUGCCUUUCGGUUUCGAUGAUUUUUAUUACUGGGACGAUUCGUAUUUUCCAUGGACUUAUGGACUACCUAUUUAUCAACCCUUUGAUCUCCCACCAAUAAUACCCCUAUUUCCGACGCUUAGGACGGAGAAGCCUGUCGAAAUUAGGAACGGAACCGGAACUAAAAAGUAUGGGGGACUUUUAACAAACGCUGAUAAAACUGUUGGUAAUCGAGAUCCUGUUGUAAAUAUCCUCCGGGAUCCGAAUCAAACAGUUGACAAGAAAUUAUUAAUCGUCGUCGAUGAGGAUAAAGUUGAAACUACCACCACGACUGGUGUUUCUGGAAAACUGGGAGAUGAUGGUGAAUUUACUGAUAAAACUCCCACUGUUUCACCAUUAGUUAGUUAUGGAGUAGACAUUUAAUUAACAUAAAUAAAAUAUCAUUAAAAGU